AUGCUAUCUUCAUGGGUUCAAGCAAACUCAACUACAGCAACUCAAGUUCAAGAUGCAUUAAAAAAUAUUAUAAAUUUUUCUCCAUAUACAGCUAGUAUAUCUCUAGAUGGUAUGCCUCCCAGUCUUAGGAGUGCAAAUUUCGAUGGAGUACAUUAUGAUUCAAGACAACAAAUAUUUUUAGCAAACAAAUUUUUUGAAGCAAUACCAAUUGCAAUGAAUAAUAUAUAUGGUGGUGGCUAUGGAACACAAUAUAAUUCUGGAGAAGUAUUAUUAGUUAGACAAGUUGCUGGAUAUUUAUUUCUUAACAAUUAUUAUAGCGCCUAUAGAGUAUUUAAUUCUACUCCAUCUACUUCUCAAUUAUAUAAUACACCAUUUGGAUGUACAGAAUUAGGACAAGGAUUUUGCGGUUUAAAUUUGACAACUACAAAAAGCAUGAUGAAUUCUGGAGCAGUACUUACACUAGAUACAAGUGGUGGUUAUUGGGCACCUGUAUGUCAAAAUAUGAACUAUGUAUAUAAUGGACAACCUGCUAUGCCUAUAUUUGAUAAAAGAUUAGAUCGUAAAAAAGAUAAAAAUCCUUAUGGACCUGAAUUUAAAGCAUUAGCAUUAGAAAAAGCACUAGAAAAAACUUUACAUAAAGCUAAACAGAAAGAUGCUAAACAGAAAGAUGCUAAUAGAGAUUCUAAUUGUAUUAUAACUGCUGAUCUAAAAAAAUAUGGGUAUAAACAAGGUAAUAAAGUUGACUUUGCUGCAAGUAAUAAUAGACUUGAUUGGAUAAAACAAUUAAUUGAACUUGGAUAUAAAGUAACUACAAAUGCAAUUGCUUAUGCUGCUACAAAUGGACAUCUUGAAGUAAUUAAAUAUUUACAUGAAUUAGGGUAUAAAGGGUAUAAAGGUACAAAAGAUGCAAUUAAUUAUGCUGCUACAAAUGGGCAUCUUGAAGUAAUUAAAUAUUUACAUGAAUUAGGGUAUAAAGGGUAUAAAGGAACAAAAGAUGCAAUAGAUAAUGCUGCUACAAAUGGGCAUCUUGAAGUAAUUAAAUAUUUACAUGAAUUAGGGUAUAAAGGUGAUGAUUAUGCAAUUAAUUAUGCUGCAAGAAAGAAUCACAUUGAAGUAUUUAAAUAUUUACGUUCUGUUGGAUAUGAUGAGACUACUAUAUUUAAGUAA